AAUGUUGGGAAAACAUUUUCCUAAUCAGCGGAAAACGACUUCCGUAACAAGUCUGCGGAAAUCAUUUUCCGGAAAAGAAGUCGACGCGCAACACAAGCGAAUUUCACCCCAGCCUACGCCCUUGCCCACCCUCAAACGUAGUGAAGGAGCGCUGUUUCUCCAGUAUUUUUCCAGCUUGUUCCUCUCCAAAUUUAGGGUUUCCAUUGUUGUUCUUCUCAUUCAUAUUCCUGUAAGAAUUUCGAAGUAAAUAAUGGGCAAAAAAGGAGAGAAGCAGUUUAGGUGGUCAAAGCCAAUGGAAUAUUUGCUGUUGGAGAUCCUAGCUGAUGAAGUGAAGCAGGGAAAUAAAUCAACCAAUCAGUUUAAGGUUAUCUCAUUCAAUCGUGUUUCGAAUGCCACUAAUGAACAAUUAGGAAUGGACUGUUCUCCUAAGCAUGUGGAGAAUCAUCUUAAAACGCUAAGAAGCACAUGGAAUACAGUGCAAACUCUACUAAACAAAAGUGGUCUUGGAUGGGAUGACAACUUGAAGAUGAUUACUGCCAGUCCCAGAGUGUGUGCAAUGCAUAUUCAGGUAAGGUUGCUGUAAUCAGUAUUUACGUUGUUUAUGCAACUCUAUGAAUAUUCAAGAUAUGCAUGAAAUAUCUUAGAUAUUAAUUUUGACUUUAACUCUGUUUAUGUUUGUUUGUGAGAAAUUAAAGAGUUGAGGCUUUAGUUUUAUAGGAAAAGAAGAAGAGAGAGAGGGUGGUUUAAUGGUUAGCAGAUUAGGCUUUAGUUCUGUAUUUCUCCAUUUCAUGAAGUUUAUGUUAUAAUUGUGUCACAUGUUGAUGUCUCUUGUUUAAUACCAUAUUUUUGUCAUUUAUAUUGUAGGCGUAUCCUAGUCAUGAUAAGUUCAUCAACCAAGAAGAUUGAUAUGUUUGAAGAAAUGUCUCUUGUCUGUGGGAAUGAUCGAGCUAGGGGUGAUUGUGCUAAGUCAUUUGAAGAUAUAGACUUGGAUUGUAGUUCGGAGAAAGGUAAUGAAGAUGAGAUUGAAGGACCAUCUAAGGAGAAUGGAGUGCAAGAUGUGAGUGAAACUUCUCAAGUCAAGUCAAGUCGUAAAAGAAAUCGUCCUUCUGAUGUGCAAGAUGUGGUCGGUGAUAUUUCAACAAAACUUGGAGAAGUGGCAGCGGCAAUAAGUAAGAUAGCUGAUAGCCGAUUAGAUGUGACAAGGUUGUAUGAAGAAGUUAUGGCAAUUGAAGGUUAUGGGGAAGAGUUCUUAGGGGAUGCUUUUGACUAUUUGGUACAAAAUGAUACUUUAGCUAAGGGAUUCAUGGCUAAAAAUCAAAAUCUCCGUAAGGUGUGGUUGGAAAGGUUCAAGUGACAACAUAAAUAGAAUAUAGAAGUGAAUCGGAAGAACAUAACUAUAUAGAGUACUACUAUUAGAGGACUUGAUAUCUUUUUGCUUGAAUUUGAUUUGUGUGCUUGAGGCAGAGUUGUUUUACAUGUUUACAAAUUGUUAGUUUGUUGAUUUAAUGGUGUUAUUGAACUAAGUAUU